AAAAAUGAAGAACUGUUAAAAAAAUACUCACAGAUUAAGUAUGACAAAGAUAGUGAUGUUAAUCAAACUAUAAGCUCUAAUGAUAAUAACUGUGAUUUACAUAUUGCUGAUGAAGGACAAGUUGAAAGUGUUCAACCACAUCCAUCAACCUACAAUUUAUAUCAUUUGCCAAGUAUUAACAAUAACCUCGAUAUCUCGACCGAAAUUUGUGAGACCCUAACACCAUCAGAGCCAGCAGUUAGUGAAGAUUUAAAUCCUAAUCAAGACAAACAAAUUUGUACCGCUCGUAAUUCUAAUUAUUGUCAAUUGACAAUAAAGUCUUAUAGUGGCGAUACUUUUAAGACUAAUUUGGGUAAAUGUUUGGUGACUAAUAAGGUUAAUCAUACUCAAUGUAACGCGUUACUUGAAGUUUUACGAACACAUCCUAAUCUGGAGUUCUUACUAAAAGAUGCACGAUCUUUGAUGCAUACGCCUCGUAGUAAAAUUUUAGUCAAACAAAUUUUCCCUGGAGAAUACAUUCAUCUUGGGUUGGAGUUUUGUAUUCAAGCAUCUCUGCAGAAGAUUCAAGAUAAUUCAAUUCCAAAAGUUUUAAUAAUUGAUUUUAGUACUGAUGGUGCUGAAAUUAAUAAAACUACACAAAUUUGGCCCAUACAAUGUAAGAUCACGAAUUUGCCUAACAGUAAACCAGAGAUUGCCGGAGCUUAUGUGGGAAAAGCUAAAGCAGAGAACGCUGAAGAUUUAUUCAGAGAUUUUGUGACAGAGUUUAAUCUUAUUGUUAAGAAAGGUGGUGUUAAUUUCAAUAACAAAUUGUUCACAAUUAAACUUCGCUGUUUUAUCGCUGAUGCUCCAGCUCGAGCGUAUGUACUCAAUCAUGUCAAUCACAUGGGAGAAUUUCCAUGUUCUUGGUGUAAAGUUGGUGGUGUUAGACACGAAGGUGCGAUGCGUUAUAGUGGCGUUGGUCACCAGUUAAGAACGAGUAAAGAAUAUCGGGAAUGUUCUGAUUAGAA